UUUGUCCAUGCUAUGAGCGAACAUUUAUAUGUAUAUGGAUAAUCUUUUUCUGUUACUCUCAGAUGUCUCUAUAUUUUGACUCGUUUGAAUUACAAACUGUCUUUUAUCGAGCCCCGGAAGUUAUGUUCGGCUUACCAUUUGGUUAUCAGAUUGACAUGUGGUCGCUGGCUUGUGUACUAACAGAGCUUUAUCUGGGAGAACCGCUAUUUCUCGCGACUUCAAAAGAGGAAAUACUGGAGCAAAUGCAUUCACUGUUAGGACCACUACCUUUGUCUCCAUACGAGGAGGGAAAAUAUUUUACAGAUUUUAAGAAAUUUGUUUCUCGUAACUCGUUUGCGUCUUACACCAUUGAACGCAAUUCGUCAUCCGUUCUUGGCUCCGUGGUUUCAUUUCAUCUCAUGGGUAUUUUUCACGAGGUUUGA